UACUGGCGUCCAUGGAUUUUCCGCAAAAGGCCAUGUUCUGUUUCUGGUGGGGACUGCGAAAUUUGAGUUCACUUGGUCAAAACCUUGAAACAAGUUCUUAUUAUUGGGAAAACUGCUUCACAGUUUUAAUCUCGAUCUUUGGCUUGCUUCUGUUUUUAUACUUCAUCGGAAAUUUGCAGGUGUACAUGCAGUGGGAGGCAUCUAACGAGUUGGAGGAGAUUUAUAAGCGGUCGAAGAAAUCUAAGCAGCAUAAUACGAUCAUCAUGUCUAAGCGGUUGGAGACAUCUAACCAGUACUACUUGACAUAUAUGGACGAGGAGGAUAAGGCCGCAACCAUCAAGAGAACUAAAUUACGUAGCAUCGAGUCUUGGAUAAGCACAAUCGGAAUCUCUGACCAGUUAAAACAGAUUAUCAUAAGCUAUGUGACCCCAAUAAUGGAAGAUCAAAACAAACAUAUUGAUACAGAAAACCCAUUCUCUCAUCUUCCCACAACACUUAGAAGAUUGAUUAAGCUCCAUCUCUGCUUACCCCUGCUAAGGAGAGUGCCCAUAUUCGAAAAUGAAAGUGAAAAAUUGUUGUAUGAGAUCACCUGUAAGUUUCUCAAGCAAGUACACUACAAUCAAAGCAGCUACAUUGUUCGAGAGGGAGAACCAUUGGAUGCGCUGAUCUUCAUGGUGAAAGGAAUUGCGUGGACGUAUACAAGUAAUCAUGGCAAUAAAAUUGAGUGUCUUAAGACAGGUGACCUCUUUGGAAGACAUCUUGUAGAUUGGGUGCUGGAAUCCCCUGGACUAUCCGACCUUCCCUUAUCGACAAGGACACUUAAAUGUCAUACAAAAGUUGAAGGGUUUUGUCUUAUGGCUAGCGACCUCAAGGAUAUGAUGUCUCAAUGCUGGUGGAAAUUUAGCAAGUUUAGACACAUCGCCAAAUCUGACUCGAAACAGCUGAAACAUUUUGCAGCUUCAUCCAUCCAAGCAGCAUGGCGCCGCCAGACCAUCCAUCAUCAUUAA